CCUCUUUUCUUGAUGACAGGGUGACUCUGGUAUGUGUCUCUGGAUGUGAAUGUGGGAUAAGUAAGGGUGAAGCAUAUCUGUUGCUGAGUGGUAUUUAGUCUACUCGUAAAAUAUGCCAACUUCACCUAUUAAAUCCCUGCCCUUGGAUUUCUUCAUGGUUAUCUACAACCUAGUAGUUAAAAUUCAGAAUCUUCUUCAUGUAUUUUGAAUAUCUCCAAGCCUUCAAAUUUGGUCAAAAUUAAAUGUUUGUAAUUAAAAAUCUAAUAGUUUUUUUUUCCUGUAGAUAACCUUAUAAAGUUAGUAUAUACUUGGAGUAUAUUAAAAAGAAAUCUGGUAUUUUCUAAUUAUGUGUAUACUUUACAUAUCUGUAAAUCAUAAGAUACAUUUAAUUUUAGAAACAAAUAUUUGUAUAUGUAGUUACUUUCUACUUGGAAGCCACAUCUUUUGAGUAAUAUAUUUUCCAGAAUAACCAAAAAUGGGACUAGCAGAAGUCUAAAGCAUGUUAGAAUGUGAAUUUAGUACUUACUAAAGUUGGAUAAAUGGUUCAUUCUUAACUUUUUAAAUUCAUAUUUGUGACUGUAUUUCUACCAAGGUAUUAUAUGAAGUGUUUCAAAAUGUAUUUUUCUGCAAAGGAGUAGUUUAAUGUUAGAUAUCAGACCAGAAAUCAAUAGCUGUGUAUGAUAUAGUUGUGAGCAAACAUACAAAGCACAAACUACUAUUUCAUGAGAUUGUGGUUAUCACUUGUACAGGUAUGUAUUACAAGUAUGUGUAUAUACAUACUUUGUUUAUAUAGAUGUUAUAAGUAAUAUAGCUCCAAUUUCUAGGAAAUGCAUAUAGUUAACAGAUAGAUUUAAAUUUGCUGAUAUUGGGCUGUGAUCAUGAGAUACAUAUACAUAUAUGUAUAUAUACAUACACAUACUAUUUGCAGCUAGAAUUUAGCAUGUAAUUUGUGAAAAUGUUAUUUGUCAAAAAUCCAAGAACAUAAAUAUUUGAUGUUUAAAAUGUUAUUUCAAGGCUGGGAAGAGGACUUUCUUUUUUAUCACAUUCUCUAAGGUUUAUCCAGUUUGGUCUUUAUGUGGAAAUUUUAUUUGAAAAUUGAUUUUUUCAUUUAAAGAGAAGGAGUUGACUUUUAAGACCUUAUGAUAUCCGUCCCUUGGUUUUUCUUAUGACUCUUUGGAGUGCCAAUAAUGAAUGAUAAAGAUAAUUACUGUCAUUUUCCCAUUCAUUCUUUGCUCAAAUCAAAACCCUAUUCUUGCUUGAAAAAAUACAAACUAUGGAUGUAUUUCAUGGAUAGUUCUGCUCAGGGUUUUAAAAUGUUAUAUCCACUACAGUUCUAUCUCAAAUGUUCAACUAGCAUAGAAAUUUAUUUCUCAAAGAACUAAACAACUCUACUUAAGACAAUCACAUGACAGCUAACAUGAGGACUGCAGCUCAUUCAAAGGUAAGCCUUUUCAUGGAUGUUCAAAUUAAGCCAAUGUUCAUAAGUAAUUAGAAAAUAACUGAUCAUUUCACCAAACUUUAUCAUUAGCAGGAAUAUACUUUAUAUUCAAUGCCAGAGGUCGUUUGCAGAUCCAUUCUUAAUUAUGCCAAACCCUUUAUAAUGCAGGUGGAAGAAAAGGACCAUAUGAAGAGGAAAGAAAAAGAAACCCGUGAGAGAGGCCUAGGCUUUCUCAGACUGAUGGAAAUAAGACUGACUGUAACCAUGUUCAGCUGCUGACAGUGUGAAAUUGAGUUGUAUGGUGGACAGAAGACAAGCAGUCAAGAGAAAUCCCCAAAGGUUCCUGAAAGUAGAGAUUUUCCUUGUGAGAUGAUGAAAAGAUGUGAUUACAUGGAAAUCCAAUUCCCAUGUUUGGAGUAACGUAUGACUUUUGGAGAAAACUUGAUGACUUCUUGUACCACCAAAGCAUAUACAGUCUGCAAGGGUAUUCAACAUUUGCCUCUUCUUCCUCAUUUGGCUGUGCAGAAUUCAGCCCAGUAAAAAGCCACUAGGAGCUCAGAGCAUGACUGACAAUGAGAAGAGACUGUGCUCAAGCCUCAGGGUAAAAAUGAAGGUGCCUGUAUUGGAGGAUGUAAAAGACGAAACUGAGGAGGAAAAUGUGGAGGAGGAAGAGAAGCAGGAGGACAAGGUAUUUCUUAAACCUGUUAUUGAAGACCUAAGCAUGGAACUGGCCAGAAAGUGCACUGAACUCAUUAGUGAUAUCCAUUAUAAAGAAGAGUAUAAAAAGUCUAAGGACAAGUGCACAUCUGUGACUGACACCCCCAUGCUAAACCAUGUAAAAAACAUCGGUGCUUUUAUUUCUGAGGCAAAAUACAAAGGAACCAUUAAAUCUGAUCUUUCCAACUGUCUGUAUAGGCACAUGCCGGCCACCAUUGACAGUGUCUUUGCAAGAGAAGUGUCCCAGCUACAGAGUGAGGUUGCCUACAAACAGAAGCAUGAUGCCGAGAAAGGGCUUUCAGAUUAUGCCCACAUGAAGGAACCUCCAGAGGUGAGACAUGCCAUGGAGGUCAACAGACACCAGAGUAAUAUUUCUUAUAGAAAAGAUGUGCAGGACAUCCACAUGUAUACAGCGGAGCUUGACAGACCGGAUAUCAAGAAGGCAACUCAGAUCUCCAAGAUCAUAAGCAAUGCAGAAUACAAGAAAGGGCAAGGCAUAGUGAAUAAAGAGCCUUCUGUAAUUGGAAGACCAGAUUUUGAACAUGCUGUGGAAGCCUCAAAACUUUCUAGUCAGGUUAAAUAUAAAGAAAAAUUUGAUAAGGAAAUGAAGGGGAAAACCCACUCUUACAACCCACUGGAAAGUGUUUCUUUUCAGCAACACCAGCUCGCUACUGUCCUGGCAAGCGAUGUGAAGUACAAGAAAGACGCCCAAACCAUGCACGAGCCAGUUUCAGAUCUCCCAAAUUUGUUGUUUUUAGACCAUGCUCUGAAAGCCAGCAAAAUGCUCAGUGGAUGGGAAUAUAAAAAGAAUUUUGAAGAAAACAAAGGAUUGUAUCACUUUGAUGCAGAGGCCACUGAACACCUGCAUCACAAAGGCAACGCCACCCUCCAGAGUCAGGUAAAAUACAGAGAAGAAUAUGAGAAAAAUAAGGGCAAGUCCAUGCUUGAGUUUGUUGAGACACCAUCAUAUCAGUCUUCAAAGGAGGCUCAGAAGAUGCAGAGUGAGAAAGUUUAUAAAGAAGAUUUUGAGAAGGAGAUUAAAGGGAGGUCCUCACUGGAUUUAGAUAAGACUCCUGCAUUUCUACAUGUGAAGUACAUCACCAACCUGAUGAGGGAGAAAGAAUAUAAAAAAGACUUGGAAAAUGAAAUAAAAGGGAAGGGAAUGGAACUUAGUUCAGAAGUACUUGAUAUUCAGAGAGCAAAGCGAGCAUCUGAAAUGGCCAGUGAGAAAGAAUACAAGAAGGACCUGGAGUCAGAAAUUAAAGGGAAGGGAAUGCAAAUUGACACCAAUACACUUGAAAUACAACGUGCCAAGAAAGCUGCCAAGAUAGCCAGUGAGAAAGACUAUAAAAGAGAUCUGGAGACAGAAAUUAAAGGGAAAGGAAUGCAGGUCACCGCAGACACUCUGGAUGUUCGGAGAGCUAAGAAGGCAUCCGAGAUGGCCAGCCAGAAGCAAUAUAGGAAAGACUUAGAGAAUGAAAUUAAGGGAAAAGGAAUGCAGGUGGACAUGGAUAUCCCAGAUGUGCUUCGAGCCAAGAGGGCAUCUGAAAUCUACAGCCAGAAAAAGUAUAAAGAUGAAGCUGAGAAAAUGCUUUCUAACUAUUCCACUGUGGCAGACACUCCCGAAAUUCAGAGAAUCAAGAUGACGCAACACAACAUUAGCAAUGUAUCUUACAAGGAAGGAGUGGGAGCUGGCACAGCCCUAAGGAACACUCCAGAGAUUGAACGAGUGAAGAAAGCCCAGCACAAUAUCAGCUCUUUCCAGUAUAAAGAACAAAACUAUAAGGCCACUCCAGUAACCAUGACUCCAGAAAUAGAAAGGGUGAGGAGGAACCAGGAGCAGCUGAGUGCGGUCAAAUACAAAGAAGAGCUAAAACAGGCAACUUCCAUUCCGGAUUUACCAGAGUUGAAGAGAGUGAAAGAAAACCAGAAGAAUAUCAGCAAUGUUUAUUAUAAAGGUCAACUGGGAAGGGCUACAGCUCUCAGCAUCACCCCUGAAAUGGAAAGAGUGAAGAGGAAUCAAGAAAAUAUUAGCUCGGUGAAAUACACACAAGACCACAAACAAAUGAAAGGUAGACCAUGUCUGAUCUUAGAUACACCUGCUUUGAGACAUGUUAAAGAAGCACAAAACCAUGUUUCCAUGGUCAAGUAUCAUGAAGACUUUGAGAAGACAAAGGGGAGAGGCUUCACUCCUGUUGUGGAUGACCCUGUGAUGGAGAGGGCGAGGAAGAACACCCAGGUUGUGAGCGAUGCUGCCUAUAAAGGUGUUCAGCCCCAUGUUGUAGAGAUGGAUCGGAGACCUGGGAUCAUCGUUGACCUCAAAGUGUGGCGCACAGAUCCUGGCUCCAUCUUCGACAUUGACCCCCUGGAGGACAAUAUUCAGUCUAGAAGUCUCCAUAUGCUCUCUGAAAAGGCGAGUCAGUACCGGAGACAUCUGUCUUGCUCUCACUCCAGCAGCACUUUUGGUACAGGUCUGGGAGAUGACAAGUCAGAGAUCUCCGAGCUCUACCCGAGCUUUUCAUGCUGCAGUGAGGUAACAAGACCAUCGGAUGAAGGAGCACCCGUUCUUCCUGGAGCUUACCAGCAGAGUCAUUCCCAAGGCUAUGGGUACAUGCACCAGACCAGCGUGUCAUCCAUGAGGUCAAUGCAGCAUUCACCAAAUCUAAGGACCUACAGAGCCAUGUACGACUACAGUGCCCAGGAUGAAGAUGAGGUCUCCUUCCGAGAUGGUGACUACAUUGUCAAUGUGCAGCCCAUUGAUGACGGCUGGAUGUAUGGCACCGUGCAGAGAACCGGGAGAACGGGCAUGCUCCCAGCAAAUUAUAUUGAGUUUGUGAAUUAAUUCUUUCUCCUUGCCCUUUGAGCUUUAUUCUGAUGUAUUCUACACCCAAUCUUUUUAAAAGAUAGAAGAUACUUUUCAGAUAACUUGGCAAUUAUUUUACAAUAAUGUAUCCUUACUUUGACAAUUAGACACACAGGUACCAGGAAAAGGGAAUGACUUUUGGGCUGGAAACAGCAGCAUCCAUAGUAAUUCCUGUAAACAAAACCAUUAGGUCUGGAGACCUGGUGCUGCUAAUUGUGUUUGUAGUUUCAUUUAAUUGGCUAUUCAACCCUCCUGGGACAUGUAUUUUUGUAGACUUUAAUAGAGAUGUUGAUUGUCCCUUAAAUGUAACAAGUGUAUGAAACUUCCUAGCUGUCACUUGGAAUCAUCUGAAGCCAAUUCUCAUAGUCCAGCAACACAGCCAAUAAUCUAAAAACUGUUCAGCUUUUGAAUCAUUGGGUAAUUUUCAAUUCAGGUGAGAGUUGCCUAAUAUAAUAAAUGGAAAAAGUGGCAGAAUGAGUCUGAUUACAAUCAUACUGACUGUAGCCUUAGGAAGCAGGCAGGGAAAAUUGCCCUUUUCCUAGGCUCACAAGGAUCUAGUUAUUUCUCCUGUGUUUCAUGGUAUAGCCUAUCUCCGUUUACAUUCUGUGGAGCGGAGCAUGUGCUCAGGUCCUCAGAAUAUCAGGACCAGGUAACUUCACAGCUACUCUGCAAAGGGCAAAGUUCAAUGUCAUCUGUAUUAUUUCCCUAGUAGCCUCUAUCCUGUUGCAUGUGUCAUGGGCUUAAGCUUCUGUAACAUGGCAGCUGCUUGCCCAUCCUUGUUAUAAAAGUCAGCAGUGUGGCUGAUCUCUCCCUGCCCUUCCUUCUAGCUGUCAGCUCACCAGAAAACAUUUUGAAAAGUUGCUUGAGACUUUCUUGCUGUAUUAAACUCUAGUUUUGAAAGACUCAUGCCUUAGGAAAUACACAUAUACUCUAGUCAAUAGGAAAUUUAUGUAUUAACUGGAUAGCUCUCACUCACUUAAUAUCAUCAUUGACUUGAAAGUGAAGCGAAUUCAACAGCAUCCCAUGUAAGGGGGACUGGACUAUACAGUAUACUGGGAGAAAACCAAAACACAAAACAGUAAGCAGAAGUUUGCUCCACAGUUAAAUGACUUGGUCUUAUAUUUGGCAAUUGGUCUUCAGACUCUGGGAUGGAAAUACAGCCACUAAGUAUGUUCAUAAAAAGGAUUCCUUUCCCCAGCCUGCUUUUUGUUUUCUAAAUCACCUUUGAGAUUAGUUAAGAAAGUCAGCAGUGAUCAGAUCAACAGAUGAUUUACUAAGGAGGAAAUGUGUUGAGUGAGUGUGCAGGGUUUUCAUAGUGUCGAAGCCCCAAGUAGAACCAUUACUAUUUUGUCUUCAGUUUGCUCUGGAGUCUGCAGUUGAAGUUAGUGGAUGUUGACGUUUAUCACAACUCUGUUUUUCUCAUGGUGCCUCUUACUGUGACUCGAAGCAAGGUGGCAUUGGUGUGAGAUCUGAAACUAAAGAAAGCAGAGUCACAAAACUCUAAGAAGACACUGGGAUUGUGGGACUAUCUACACAAUAUGUUCAAGGAAAUUAACAAAAUACCCACAAGUGAAAAACAUUUGAAUGAAAUGUUUGUGAGGACAAAGCUCCAAGUUGGUUCUUUUAAACCUUUGAAAAGUGAGCCCGUACUUUGGAAAAUCAGUAGUUUCAUUAGAUUUGCCUUAAAGAUAAAGUUUUAUUACACUGAGCUGUGUUUCUGUGACACUGAUAGAAAACUAACUGAGAUUUUCCUGGAAAGAGUUUUAUAGACUUGUAAAUAAACAGCUUACCUAAUUUCCUGUCAUUUAAAUAGCUAGUCAUGAUUAACCUUCCUGUUUUCAUAUCUUGAACACACACCUACAAAAACAAACUGCAUCUGCAAUAAUUUUGCAAAAAUCUUUCCACUAGUAACAAGGGUGAUAAGCUGGCUCAUUUAUAUUAUGUGUCUUUAUGCUUUCCCAGGCAGACUAUGUGUGUGUGUGUGUUCAUGAUGAUUAAAAAAAAAAAGAGUAGUUGUUGAUUAAAACUUCAGGCUAAAUGCAGGACAGGUAUGAUUUUUGAUAAUAGUGUGUGUGCAGGAAGCCCAACAGAAGUCGAUUUUGAAAUGAUGCUUAACAUCAGCUAGUCCUCACAAAGUAGCAGCUCAAUGAUCCAUGUUUUUGCCACCCAUUCAUUUCAAAGUCAGACUUGAAUGUGAAAGUCAGUACAUAUUUGGGAAAUCCGUGUCCUAAAUGUUGAGCCUUACAUAAUGUUUGCAUAGCAAGAUUUUUCUGUUUUAAGUCCUUCAGAAUUAAGAUCCAAUCUGGAUUCAAUACAGGGCAGUUUUUUUCCAAUGCCGACUGAAGCAGAACAAGACAUUGCAUGCUCUUGAGGUCAUGCAUUGAUAGUCUUGACACUGUUACUAACAUUUGUAAGGAUGUUACCUAUCUCAUCAGAAAAUUUGUGCAUAGAUGUGUCAUACCCGGGUGCCAUCUUUUGAAUCAUCAUUUAAAAAAAUGCUAUAUUCCUCACACACUUUCCACAUGCCCCCUCCCCCUUGCAGUUUGGCAGCCAGUAUCCCACAUGUAACACUGACAGCUAUAGAUGAAUUUAAAAACAAGUCCAUUAGAAAUCAGGUUAAAGGAACCUAAACACCAGACACAGAGAUCAUGUAUCUGUUUCUAAAUGUGAUGGUUUCUCAAGCCUGAUGGAAGCACAAGAAGCCGCCUGAUACACUUCUUCAAGUCUCUGAAGACAAAUGUAUUUGGUUCAUGUUCUUCUUGAGAAAAGUUUAGCAACAGAAUAUAAAAAGUUGUAAGCUUUUGUAUUAGAUUAAAAAAUAUUUCUUGUUCUCUGGAGAACUUUCUAUUUCUAACCUGUGACAAAAUGAAUACUUCAUGUCUUCCUUGUGUUUGCACAUCUGCAGCACACCAAGUUUGAAAUUUUGAUCUGGUUGUCAUUCCCCAUGGAGUCCCUGCAUCUUCCCAUGUCUCUCAGCCUCCACAGAGCACCCAGGAAUGUCUAAGCACAAUUUCUACAAGCACCUUGUGUGGGGAUGGGUGAGAUUAUGAUAGUCCCUCCCUUGUUAAGGCCCUUUAUUUGAAGAUGUUGAAGAUGCCAUUUGGCCAGUUUUACUGUAGUCAUUCAUUCUAGGUCCUCUCUGUGCUGGGGUUCAUAACACUCUAAGAAUGCUGGGAAAAAAUCUUUUCCACAAAUGAGAGCAAGGAACAUACCCAGUUUUCAGGUUCCUCCACCUCUAGUGGAAUACUUUCAGUGAAGUGAUAAAGAAAAUAAGUGUGAUCUUUAAUAACACAGCCCUAUAUACAGUGGAUAUAGUUUAUACUAAUGUUAUAAUAUAGAUAUAUACAAAAUAGGUGCCUUUUGAUUAUACUUGUUUAUCAUUAUGGUCUUGGAAAGGAAAGCAAGCAAGCAAGCUUCUGCAUAUUCUAUAACAAUAUUUUAUGAUACACGAUUGAUAUUUUUGUGGUGAGAAGUGGGAUGCCCUACCUGAAAGAUGUUACAGCUGGUUGAAUAUUCCUCCUAAAUGUUUAGAACUUUAGACAAUAUUGACUUCUUCCAUUUUCUGAAAAGUUGGGAUUCUUUUCUUGUGGAUUUAUAUGUAGUUGAGAUAUAUAAGCAUUAAGUUUGUUUAGGGUUUAAAAUACUUAUGGUGAGAUAGAUUAGUUAUAUUAUGAGGCUGAAUUCACUGUGUAAGAUGAGCUUUAUGGCCUGAUUAUGUUUAUGUUUUAACUGUUUCCUCUGAUAAUCUGAAUGUGGCUACAUUGCACUUGUAUGGGGUAAUACAAUGUGGUGAUAAAACUUCAGUUAAGUAGGAAGCUAUGUAAACUAAUUUAAGAUGCUAAAAUAAAAGGCUCUCUGAAGUAUUCUGUGCCCUGCAGGGCCCUUUUCCAGGCAAGUAGCUGUCAAUAACUAAUGAUCAAAAAAAAAAAGUUAAGACAUUGUGGGAAACUUCUGUGGUCAUCAUUCCAGGAUGCAUAAGACUAUUAGAAUCCUUGGACCUAGAAGGCUCCCUGGGCAAAUGUCCUUCCCAAUUGUCUGUGACUUCAGUAUAUCCACAGGACUCCAUAUGCUUACUGCGUCUGAUACGUGGUAUCCUGUUUGCAUAGCAUACACGUCGCUGUUGUCAACUAUUGUUAAAGAUGGUUUCCUCUAAAGGAAAGAGAGAAAAACUGCAUUGCAGCCUCCUCCCUUCAUGUCCGUACAGAUGCUAAGCAUUUUGGAAGUAGCAACAAGUGUGUAACAGGCAUGAUAUUUGUGGAACUGUUGGCUUUUGACCUGUGAUAAAAACAGAAAUUUGAAUGAUGUAGUUUGGCUUCUGUUUGCCUUGAAAUAUGCACAAUUGUGGUUGGUGAUUAAUUUGUAAAGCUGUGCUAACUUUGAGAACAUAAUGAUUGUGAAAGAAGCAGUAAAUGUGUUUUCAAUGGGAGGGGAAUCACAGACUGAUUUAAGGUUAUUAGUAUAAUUUGGCUUUUGUUAUGCAAAUUGUUAACACCAGCUAUUAAAAUAUAUUUUAGUAGAAA